AUGGGAGAAGGAAUUCGAAAAGGGAUGGGAGAAGGAAUUCGAAAAGGGAGAGGAGAAGGAAUUCGAAAAGGGAUAGGAGAAGUAAUUCGUAAAGGGAUAGGAGAAGGAAUUCGUAACGGGAUGGGAGAAGGAAUUCGUAAAGGGAUAGGAGAAGGAAUUAGAAAAGGGAUGGGAAAAGGAAUUCGAAAAGGGAGAGGAGAAGGAAUUCGAAACGGGAGAGGAGAAGGAAUUCGAAAAGGAAUAGGAGAAGGAAUUCGUAAAGAGAUGGGAGAAGGAAUUCGAAAAGGGAUAGAAGAAGGAAUUCGUAAAGGGAUGGGAGAAGGAAUUAGAAAAGGGAUGGGAGAUGGAAUUCGUAAAGGGAUGAAAGAAGGAAUUCGAAAAGGGAUAGGAGAAGGAAUUCGAAAAGGGGUAGGAGAAGGAAUUCGAAAAGGGAUAGGAGAAGGAAUUCGAAGGGAAAGGAGAAGGAAUUCGUGA